CGAACAUUCUACCGUGGACGGCGAAUAACCAGGGUGGGGAUGUUAGGAGGGGGGUGGGGUUCGUGGUGUUGAAUUUGGUUGGGCAGUGUGGUCCGCUGCUCGGGAAGAGGUUGUAUCCGAACCUGGAGGGGCCGGGGUACGUGAAGGGGCAUGCGAUCUGCGCGGGGUUUUUGUUUUUGACCGCCAUGCUGGCGGUGGGAUUGAGGGCGUUGUUGAGGUGGGAGAAUGGGAGGUUGGAGGGGAGGGAUGAAGGGGUGGGGGGGAGGGGAAAGGAGGAUUACGGGACGGGGUUUAGGUUUGUUUUGUGAUGGGAUACGGGAAGAUUUUCUCUACGCCAGUCUAAACUUUUGACGGAUGGAUUUUGGGGGA